AUGAUGCCGUACCCGUCCCUCGCGAUGCUUCGCGGCCCACGCUUCUCCCCGCCCAGGGCGGCGCAGUGCGAGGGAGGGGGCGGCGAUGGCACCUUCAUGGGCCAGGGCCCGUUCACCUCGGGCUUCUACCUCAAGGCGGCCCUCGCGGGCGGCAUCUGCUGCGGCCUCACGCACGGCGCGCUGACCCCGGUCGACGUGGUGAAGACGCGCAUCCAGCUCGACCCGGGGAAGUACAGCCAGGGCAUGGUGGCCGGCUUCCGCACCGUCGCCGCGGAGGAGGGCGCCGGCGCCCUGCUCACGGGGCUGGGCCCCACCUGCCAGGGCUACCUCGUGCAGGGCUGGUUCAAGUUCGGGGGCGUGGAGGUGUUCAAGACGAAGAUCGCCGCGGCGCUGGGCGAGCAGAAGGCCUGGGACAACCGGACGCCCAUCACGCUCGGUGCCUCCGCCAUGGCCGAGUUCAUCGCCGACAUCUUCCUGUGCCCCUACGAGGCCACGCGCAUCCGCCUGGUGUCGAACCCGGACUACGCGCCAGGCAUGCUGAGCUGCGCCAAGAAGAUGACCAGCGAGAUGGGCUUCGUCCCCGCCUUCUACUCUGGCUUCGUGCCCAUCCUGUUCAAGCAGAUUCCCUACACGAUGGCCAAGUUCGUGGUGCAGCAGCAGGCAGCGGAGUCAAUCUAUGCCAGCAUCGGCCAGACGCCCAAGACAAUGAGCUCGGCGGGCAACGUGUCGGUCUCGCUCGGAUCUGGCGUGAUCGCCGGCGUGGCCGCCGCAAUCAUCUCUCACCCCGCGGACACUCUGCUGUCCAAGAUCAACAAGGCUGGCGCUGGCGGUGAAGGCAGUAUGGCCUCGCGCCUGGUGAACAUUGCGAAGGAGACCGGACUCGUGAAGCUCUGCACCACGGGCUUGGGAGCCAGGUGCGUGAUGAUCGGCACCCUGACCGCUGGACAGUUCGGCGUGUUUGACAUCGUCCUGAACCUGACCGGCGCCAAGAAGUUCCACUUCCACGCCCCUGGCCACUGA